CCGAGUUCGCCGGUCGUCCGCGAAUGGGACAGCGUAUAUCUGCGGAUUAUCGGUGUCGAAGAUACGUCCGCUGCCGUUGGAUCGUUUCCGAUAGAUGCGAUCGAAGAGAUCUUUGAUUCUGUAUUGUUCUGGAAAAUCUGUCAGCUCGAUUGAAAGUCGGCCACCCGCGGAUCAUCGCGAUAUCUGCACCAGAGACGAAAUAAGAAAUAAACAUGAGUCUUCAGUGGACGCUCAUCGCUGGAUUCCUCUACAUCGAGGUUGCGAUAGUCCUCUUUCUAGUGUUACCAAUAGCUUCCCCGAUGAGAUGGCAGAAGCUCUUCAAAUCUCGCUUCUUGCAAGCUAUAAGUAGCCAAGCUUCCAUUUACUUUGUGGUUCUGCUGGGCGUCUUGGUUCUCUUCCUGUUGGAUGCUAUAAGAGAAAUGCGAAAGUAUUCUGGAAGCACAGAUCACUCUGAUCACCAUCAUCAGUUGAAUCUUGAAAUGCAAGAAAACAUGCGAUUGUUUCGCGCACAGAGAAAUUUCUAUAUAUCUGGUUUCGCAUUAUUUCUGAGUCUUGUAAUACGCCGUCUUGUCAUCUUGAUAUCCAGCCAAGCCACCUUGCUUGCGCAGAACGAAGCAGCCAUGCGACAGGCUCAAUCUGCGACAACCACAGCCAGGAGCUUAUUGUCCCAGAGAACGAUUGGGGAAAGUGCGCAAAAUGAUUCUAACGAAGCGCAUGAUAAAGCUGUCUCGGAACUGAAAAAUCAGAUCAAGGAUUUGCAAGCUAAGAAUCUGGAACUUGAGAAUAUUUUGACUAAAGAAAAAAAGGAUAAACAAGCAAUAAAGUCGCAGGCAGACUCACUUGCGAAAGAAUAUGAUCGUUUGAACAGCGAACACUCGAAACUUGAAUCGAAGCAAUCGAGUGGUGAUAAGAAAAGUGAUUAAACACUUCUUUGAUUUUCUCUGGUGUCCUUUUUUCCGUUCUUUAACUUUGUAAUCACGAUUUUCUCAUAAAUUCUGAAAUUUAGUUAUAUUAUAUAUUGAGUUUUGUGUUACAUAAUUUAAACAGGACACACACAUUUCGCAAGUCAUGUUAAAACUUAUUUAUAUGUUUCGUUGAAAGAUUGUAUAUAGAUAUUAUUAUUAUAAUAUGCCCCCUAAUAUACUAUACAUUCUUUUUAUAAUUUUGUGCACAGACUCUGUGUACAAAACCUACAUUUUGCGAUUUGUGAUUGUUGCGCUUAAGUUAAUUAAAAUUAUUGACUCUAAGUUUU